AUGAGUAUGAACCCUUUUGACGAGCACAAAACCAAUUUAAAAAACUAUGAUUUCUGGGCGAGCAUUGAAGAAGAAGAAUUUGAUGUGACCAAAUACGACGAAUUCUUAUGCAAACAAAAAGUGAUCAAUAAGCAGACCUGUCAUGACUAUUUGACAACAGACAUUCAAAAAGAUGAAAGCAACAAGGCGUUUUGGUCAGAUAUUGCUCCUAGAUUAAUGAGGGUCAACUACGAAAAGCCAGCUGCAGAAGCGGAGUUAAUGGUUGCAGGUAUAAGAAAAGCUGCAGAUUUGAUUGAUGCCUCUACCAGUAAUAAACGAGAAAAUGAUAUUUCAGUCGGUACAAUCAUUAAGAGGACAGCUCUACAAUAUCUCCAUGAAAGCAAGACCCGUAAGCUUAGUGCUCGCGAAAGAAAAAUCAUGACAAAUGGGCUGUCUUCAGUUUUAGACUUGGUUGAUCAUUCAAGUUCUCAAAAGUCACUAUUUUCUAAUGAAGCUUGGACUCAAAUUACAUCUCAGUUUGAAUCAGAACUUAGUCUUGAACUGUUACCAAUGCCGCAUAUCUUAACCAGUUCCUGGUUAAUUAUUUCCACAGCUGCUGUAUCAUCCAACAACAUCACAUUGGGCUUGGACUACAUCCACAGAAUCUAUUCAAAACAGAACAAGCAGAACAGAAACUAUUUAAAAUUAUUUGAGCAUGUUCUCAAUUUGAUAGAGACAUACCCUCAUUUGCUGAAGAAAAACAAAACUCGCAAUAGUGAUUAUUCAGAGAGCGAUGUUUUGAGAAUUGUAUGGUCUCCCAUAUUUGAAUUACUCUUCCCACCUAACCAGCAUAACCUCAUUGUCAAGACUGGAGAAACAAUCAGCGUCAUGUCUCAAGAACAUAAGCAAGAUACUUAUGGCGACAGUUCAAAUGUUGUUGCUUUUAAAAUCGAUAUUAGAGUGAUUUUCAAAAAGCAUGGAAAAGAAAUUGACGUUGUUUGUGGGGAAGUAGCAAAAAAUGAUGAAGACAGUAAAGUAAUAACAGACGAAGGAAAAUUGAGCCGUGAAACAAAAGAUGCAGUUGACUCGAUACUUACGUUGGUAGAAACAACAGCACAAGCUUUUAGCGCACAAAUCAGUGGCAGUACUUGUUUGAUAGCAACACAACAGUUGAUACGAAAUGGCCUUUACGUAUAUCAUCCAGCAUAUAGCCUUUCAUUGCCUUCCUGUAUUGAAGAACUUGGAUCUUUUAAAUCAAGUAUGCAGAAGCUACUCAGCUUUCAACAACAUGUCAUCACCAUUUCGAACAUCCUUGAAAAGGCCGGAACGAAAAAAUACUCGUUGAACCAGCAGUUUGGUAAACAUGACGAGGCUGAUAAAGAUGGUGAAGCCACUUCGAUUCUGAACUGGAGAAGAGAUACGUUUUAUACACCUCCAAGAAACAAAGAAGCAAGGGUACCUCUGGUGUUAUUUGGUUUACCAAGCAGUAGUUUAGUUUCGAGGCUUUUAAAAACAAAGUAUUCAGAAGGCGAAGAAUGUGUUGUUUAUGAUCAGUUUGGAUGGGGAAAGAAAAACGACAAAUGGCACAACAAGGUUACAAACGAAACUCAAGAUGAAUAUCUAUAUUCUGAAGAAUAA